CUGAAUGUGGCAGACGCACCGAUACCUCCUCCAAGCAUCGGCUUUCCUUUCCUCCUCUUUAAGACGAACUCCCAUCAAAGUGAAACGCCCAACAAAGAAAAACACCAGCAAGGAAAAAUGGACAGUAAUCCUGAGGCAUCUUAUGGACAUGGCCAACUGCAGUCUGCAAGUUACGGGGAGUUUUGUAAUCCGGUGACUGAUCAAGAACCAGAAAUGAGGUGCUUAGCUCCUACGACUUUAGAACCGGCAAGCCCUCAGCAAAAGUCCCAUCCUCAACGCCCGUUACAAUGCAUGCCUCUACAGGAACCUGCACAUGGAUCCGACCAACAACAUUUAACAAAUUACCAGGCUCCUCUUGCUGUUCUUCAAAGUAAUCUUGGCCGUAACGGCGCUAGAACAGAGCUGGUUGAGAGUGCCACUGAUUUCACAGCUAAUCCAUCAAAUCAGUAUGAUAUGGAACUUUACAAUAUCAUGUAUCCGAAAUUUAAUGGCAGCUUUGAUGAAUUCCUUAUUCAGCAGCCAGCAACUCAACCCAAAGGCCUAAUAGACAAUAUUACAUACGUUUCUGCAUUGCCUGAUUUUCAGCAGACUAAAGAUAAUGAUGUAGAACAGCCAUCAAUUAUACUUGUGGAGUAUGAAGUAUAUGACCUGGUUCAAGUAUGCAGCGAAUCAGGCCCGCACCUAACAAAUUGGGAUGCAGACAAAGAGCAGCAAACAUUCCAGCAUACAUAUAAACUACCAGAUGGAGAAAUGGUCUUAAUUGGUAUGGAUGAAAAAGACAGCCUGGUACAAAUUUCUACAGUCUCUGAUUUGUGGGUAAAGCUCGCAACCCCUGGUGAGAAUCUUAAGCAAUUCUUGCGUAAGAACUGGUCUAACAUGUUGCAUUAUUUACCAGUUAUUUACCAGUCAAAGCAAUGUCGCUGGCAGGAAGAGGAACCCGAUCCAAAGGAUUUAAAGUUAUGGUUCAAGGCUAUCACGGAAAAGUACUGGACUGUAAUGCUGGGGAAGACAGACAAGAUCCCCACAAAUGAAGAGGAAGGCAUCAUGUGGCAGAAAAAAUUUAUGGAAAGAUGUGAAACAGUCAGGCCACGUGCCAGAGGAAGGCCUUAUUAAUUCUCAACCUCAUGUAACCAGAAAAAUGUAGUGUUUACUAGUGUAUUUUAAAUUGCUUGGUAUAAGUAGUUCAUCUUGCUUAAAUAUAAUUUGCACUAAUUUCUGUAAUUCUAAUUGUUUACUAAUAAUUUGAUGAUUUCAAUCAUUGCAUGUAAAGAAAGGAAUUCUUUUACUUAUUUCUUAUAUCCAAUUUAAGUGGCAAGCUAUGUGUUAAAACUAAAAGGCGCCAUUCAGUGUGGUAUAGUUAUUGUAUUGGAUUAUAACGAACUUCGAUAUUGUAUUAUUGGCAUAUCAAUUUAUGUGAUUGACUUUACAUUUUGGCUAUAUAAUAUUCUUUCAGUUAAUGAAUAAUGUAAAUUCUCUAAAAAGUUGUGACCUUUCCCUCACACUUAUCUUAACUAAUCGAUACAAGUUUGAAAUAGUUGAUGCAAAAGAGGCAACAACAUAGGUGGUUCUACAAGUGCUUUUCCACAAAGGAGUCAAUUAGUAGACCUUGUGACCUGACCUGAUUUCACCCAUCCUUGACAUCCCUGGCAGCAGCAGGCCAAGGGCAGGCUCACCCUCAAAAUGGCCAAAUAACCGUCCACAUAUUGAAAUUCAAAUUUGGGCGGAUUUGUAUUAUUAUUGUAUUAUGUAUUAGUAAAUGCGUCCUUUUAGAGUAUGGUGGCUGCGGGCAGCUCAAUCACUGUCAAAACAUGUGCAUAGGCCAAUGAUCUCUCUCUCCCUCUCACGCCCUUUCUCGCUCAGAACCGUCCAUAUUGCCAACUGCCUAAGAGGCUAAAGGCUUGAAGAGGAAAAGAUGAAGUGCCUAAAGAAUCAGUGGGAAAAAGGACAUCAAAGCAGUGAGGCUAGGUGGCGAGUGGUCCUAAGGAUAGGCCAAGAGUCUGCCAACCCACCACCACCCAAGCUGCCUCCCCCUACACUGCCGUCUCACCCACCACCACCCACCACCAAAGAAAGGAAGUGCAGAAAAAAAUGUAGGGGAGGGCGGGACAUAUGGGCCAGGGACGGUUCCACUAACCGAGAGUUGCCCGUGUUUGAUGAGCAGUGUCAUAGAGGAGAGGGAGGGUACUCAUUGCUAGUUAUCGUCAGAGUUUGGGGAAAAAACUCUGGGGAUGUGGCACUGUGCCGACACCCAGUAUUGAGGCAAAUUGCAGGAAAAAAAUGCAAGAAAGAAUGAAUAUUAGAAAUCAACAGGGCUUUUAGAUAUUUCACUCUAGUUCACUACAUUUUCCCAAUAGGUGGUUCAGUAUUGUGCAAGGAAAUGUUGCUGAUCUAGAAAGAAAUGGCCGUAGAACAGGAAUCUGACAAAUUGAGCUGCCCAUGGCUUAAUACUAGUUUGUCUUACAUGCAAAUAGGAGCAGAUGAACAAAAAUCAUUGAGAAUCUCAUGCAUCUUGACAAAAACUACAA